CGCAUUAUCAUUAUGAUAUUAUCAAUAAGUAAUAUUGGAUAAUUUAAAUAAUCAAUUAAAUUGGCGGUAUCUAAUCUACCUAUUUGCUUUUUAGUCAAAUAAUUCCCUCCGAAAGUAUGGCUGUGUUUUGGGAGCAUUUUCUGUUAUUAUGCGUCCUACCAGCCUCGCUAGUAGCUCACAUCCCCGACUCUAGCUACUCGUACUAUGGCUGGUCUGAAGCUGGUUAUGCUCUACCAACAUCUCGUCUCGACAAUGCGGAAAGUGCGAAGCGUCUGAUGGCACUGCGUGACGUCAUGAGUGUCAACAACAUCGACGCUUACGUCAUACCCACGGCUGAUGCUCAUCAGUCAACCUACAUAGCCCCCUCGGACGCCCGCCGCGAGUGGAUCUCCGGCCUGUCCGGCUCAUCCGGGACGGCGGUGGUGACGUCAUCCGAGGCUCUGGUCUGGACCGACGGCCGCUACUACACGCAGUUUGAGAUACAAGUGGACCAGCAGCUGUGGACGCUCAUGAAGCAAGUGAACGCUACCAUCCCGCAAUGGCUGUCGACUCUCCCCGCCGGGUCGGUGGUGGGGAUCGACCCCUCCACCUACACCCGGACCGAGUGGACUAGUCUGGAGGCUACUCUAGCCAAGAGCCAGAUAACUCUGACAGCGACGCCAGCGAACCUGGUGGACGUGGCGAGAACUAACAUCGACGACCCCCCUCCACCGAGACCCAACUACCCACUACUGCCUCUGGGGGUUGAGUAUACUGGAAGGCGAGCAAGUGAGAAAAUAUCGGAUUUGGUGUCACAGAUCAGAGACAAAGGAGCCAAAGCCUUGGUGAUAACUGCACUGGACGAAGUCGCGUACACUUUGAAUCUCCGUGGCUCGGAUAUUCCCUACAAUCCAGUAUUCUUCGCGUAUCUCAUCAUACGAGUGGAUAUUACCACAGACAACGUAAUUCUGUUCUGGGGACAAGGCGAGCUGGCCCUGGACGUGGUUCAACACCUGGCCACAGAGGGCGUUAGUGUGCUAGUGCGCCCGUAUAGAGACGUGUUUGAGUACUUGGAUGUUUACACUGGUACGCUGGCAGAGGGCAGCACUAUUUGGUUAUCAAAGGACAGCAGCCAUGAGAUUUUCAUUGCCGCCGAACACGAUGGGAAAAUCAAGACGGAAGCUACGAUUUCACCAGUCGCGCUCAUGAAAAUUGUCAAGAACGAAGUUGAACUCGAGGGUUUCACAACAGCCCACAUCAAGGACGGCGUGGCGGUGGUGCGCGCGCUGCGCUGGGCGGAGACCCAAGUCAGGGCCGGGGUCCAGGUCACUGAGGUGGAGCUGUCCGACAAGCUGGAUGAGAUGAGGGCAGAGGAGUCCGACUACAUGGGCCCAUCAUUCGCGACGAUCGUGGGCGCGGGCGCCAACGGAGCCAUCAUACACUACAAGCCGUCUCGGGAGGGCGAGCAGACUGUUAUUAAACCUGAUGACAUGCUGUUGGUGGACUCUGGGGGACAGUAUAAACAAGGCACCACCGACAUAACCCGCACGCGGCACCUGGCGACCCCCACGGAACAACAACGUCUCGCGUUCACGCUGGUGCUGAAGGGACAGAUCAUGCUCGCCACCGCCGUGUUUCCGAGGGGGUUGACUGGCACAGCAGUAGAAUCCUUCGCCCGAGUCCACCUCUGGCGGCGCGGGCUGGACUACGCGCACGGCACCGGCCACGGCGUGGGGCACUUCCUCAACGUGCACGAGGGACCCAACCGGAUUAAUGCAGCCCCUAGAGACGACCCGGGGGUGCAGCCGGGCAUGGUUUAUAGUAAUGAGCCUGGCUACUACGAGGUGGGCGAGUACGGCAUCAGACACGAGGACCUUAUGGUUUCCAUUGAGAUGAACAAGGAUGUAGAGCAUAUCUAUGCCGACCAAAUGCGAGGAGACUUCGCGGGUCGCGGCGCCGUAGCGUUCCACACGAUCUCGCUGGCGCCGCACCAGACCUCCAGCCUGGACGUGUCACUACUCACUGAUGAAGAGAUAAAAUACCUGAACGACUACCACGCCCGCGUCCUAUCGACGCUGGGCCCGAUACUGCAGAGCCGCAACUUGUCUGAGGACUACCAGUGGCUGGUGUCAGAGUGUGCGCCAAUAACUAACGCCGCCAUCUUGUUGACGGCGACGCCAUUGCUGCUGUUGGCCGCGCUUUGUCUAUGGUUUUAGAUUUGGCAUUUGUGAUUGGUAUUCUGUUGU